AUGCUUGUCAGUAACGUCGUCCGUGUCCAGAGCAUCAGGUCCGCUGUUGGAAGCUUCGUAGAUCUCGGUCAGAAGACGAAGCAGUUGCUCGCUAAGUUUGGCCAUCAAGUUGGCUCCAAACGGUUGCAACUGCGCAGAGUAACACUCGACACACUCCUGGAUAACAGCAGAAAUAGCAUCGCUGUCCACUUUGUUGGACAACUCCAGCAGUUUCUCCAUAGACUCCACAAUAAUAGAUCCCAAUGCCUCUUUAAACUGGUCAAACGACAAGAACGCCUGGAUCGCACGGGCAGCUUCGAACUGCACCGGAAGACUGUCGUACUCGUUGAAACACGAAAGCACGCCAUUGAAAAGCACAGACAAAUUGUUUGGGUCCUUAAACUCCAGGGAAUCGAAUUUGGUAGCCACGUCACAGGUACGUGCUCUGAGGAAUGCAUAUUGGGACUUGAAGUUUGGCAGGAUAUAGCUGGCCAAGAACGGCUCUAUCUGGUCAGCAAGAGACUUGGUAGCCAUGAGUCUGCGGGCGAUCUGGCCCACAAUCCGCAGAACAGACUCUUUCUCCUUGGCAACAUCCUCAGACUCGGCCAAUUUUGA